AAAGAUUCGAGCAUCACGGGAAGCACAUCGGCCGACAAGCAGAGCGCUUGACGUCGUUCUCCCAUCAGCACUCAUCUCUUUCACCUGGUGAAGGUUUCGGUGAGAUCUGUGGGUCAAUUUCAUCAUCAUGUUGGUCCCGCUUCGGGUAGUGGGCGCCAUAGGUAAGGCCACACACACAUCGACGGGCACUUUAUGCAUCUUUCUUGCCCCCUGCUAUCGAUGCGUUGCAUUCAGGAAGCGCCGCUAUUUCGUUUGUCGGCAUGGUGAGUGAAUGAAUCGCACACACACCACAACAGCAGGAGCAGCCACACGCUCACGCCGCCUCCCUCUGUGUGUGUGUGUGUGUCUGUCUGUCAGAUGGUUCUGUUCACGUUUUCAAGGCACGCGCGUCUGUUCGAUGGUCUGCACAACCUCGCUCUCAGCCUCUUUUUCAUCGUCUCGGGCAUCGUGGGCCUCUCAGCCGAGCUCUACCCCAACGCCUUCGUCCAGCAGCACUUGGGCUUCACGAGCAAGCUGACGGGCAGGGGCUGUUUCUACGUCUUCCUCGGCUUCCUGGUGUGUGGGGGGUACGGCGUGCGCUACAGCAAGUUCAUGAAGACGGUCAGUGCGGUCAUCGGCAUGUACAACGUGUGUGUGGGGGCGAUGGACAUCUGUGUGGGGGUGGGAGGUGGGGGAAGUGUCAACAAUCCCGGGCUUGAUGUGCCGCUGCGAGUGGACACUGAGACCGGACUGAGGCCGAGCGGGCCGAGUGCGGCGGGGAGGGUGGAGCCGACGGCCAUCAACGCGACGCUGUGAUUGAGUCAUUUGUGCGGAUGGGGGGAGGGGGGGAGGGGGAGGGGGAGGGGAAGGGAUGGUGUGUGUGGUGUGUUGCCUACGUACUCACUCUAUUUGUCGUCGUCCUGCUGACUGACUUACUGACUUACUGAUCUGUGGCACUCACUGGCGUGGAUGGUUGAUGGAUGCGGUCGGUAUGUAUUGAAGGCUAGUGCUGCUGGCGGGGUGCGGUGCUGCUGGCUGUUUAUCCAUCCGGCUGUCUGUCUGUCUGUUCUAUCUACUCGUUGACUUGCUGCGGUACGUCUGUUCACACUUGGGGAGCUGGCGAUAUAUUGAGACUGGUCGACUUUUAGCCUUACUGAAGGUGAAUUUCCUGACCGACGAUGUGCCGAAAUGGCCGCACACACAGCACCCCGUGACUACUGAACAGCACCGUCAAC